AUGGCGACAGUUCGAACUUUUCUGGCAGUGGCAGUUGUGAAAAACUGGGAAGUACAUCAGAUUGAUGUGCAUAAUGCAUUUUUGCAUGGGAACGAUAAAGUUGCCUUGUCACAGUUCAAGGCAUACUUGGGAAACUGUUUUAAGAUGAAGGACUUGAGAGCUUUGACAUAUUUCUUAGGACUUGAGGUUGCUAGAAGCAAUCAAGGGUUCUACAUUUGUCAACGAAAAUAUGCUCCUGAUAUCAUUUCUGAGACUGGGUUGUUAGGUGCUAAGCCUGCCGAUUUUCCUAUGGAACAAAAUCAUAAACUAGCUCUUGCGGAAGGCAGAGUGUUGGAGGAUGUGGAGAAAUAUAGACGUCUUGUUGGACGUUUAAUUUACUUAUCGGUGACUAGACCGGAAUUGGUAUAUUCCGUUCAUAUAUUGUCUCAGUUUAUGCGGACUCCGAAAGAGAAACAUUGGGAUGCGGCACUUCGUGUGGUGCGCUACUUAAAGAAAAAUCCGGGACAGGGAAUUCUUCUUCGAUCCGACAGUGCACUGAGGUUAGAGGGGUGGUGUGACUCUGAUUGGGCGAGUUGUCCUCUAACUAGGAGGUCAUUGAUUGGUUUGUGCUACUUGGUUUUUCCCCGGUGUCCUGGAAAACUAAGAAGCAACCUACGGUUUCUACAUACAUCGUCUUCGGAGGCGGAGUAUAGGUCAAUGGCGGCCGUGACAUGUGAAUUGAAGUGGUUGAAACAAGUCCUACGAGACUUGGGUGUGCAACAUUCGCAGGGUAUGAAAUUAUUUUGUGAUAGUCAGUCGGCUUUGUACAUUGCACAAAACCCGGUAUUCCAUGAAAGAACGAAACAUAUUGAGGUUGAUAUGCAUUUAGUGAGAGAUGCAAUUACAGAUGGUUUGAUUUCGCCAUCUUAUGUUCCUACGAAGGAACAACUUGCAGACAUUUUUACUAAGGCCUUGGGAAAGGCUCAGUUUGAGACACUACUUAGCAAGAUGGGCAUUCGGGAUCUUUAUGCUCCAUCUUGA